AUGGAGAAAGGAGAGCCGGAAGGAGGCGGAGUGGAGGCUGGACUCAGUGAGGGAACCGGAGAACCUUUCCACAUCGCUCCUGGGGAGACCUUGGGUCGUUUUCCAGAAUGGCUGCCGCCACAACCCAUUAGACGGGAGUUGGAAGCGGCACUGUUGUCACCGAGCUUGGAGGCCCAACGGCGAGAUUUCAAGGUGGCUCAGUCUCCCCACUCCGGAGCAGGAAUCCCACAACUGCCCACUGAAACGGUACCGUGGGGCGAGACCACGAAGGCAUCGGUCCCCAUUGAGCAAGGCAUGCCUACCAGCCCCCAGGUGGGAGGAGGAGGAAGAGAGCAAACAAGUCGGCUUGGACAAGGCCUUUGGGAACCGGCCAAGCAGGUGUCCGACUUACCGGAUCCUGGAGACAGAGGGAAUUAUGGGAAGGCAAAGGGAAAGAGGCAAGGUGUCCUCAGCGCAGACCAAGAGCGCCGGCUUUUCCGGGAGUUCUCUUACAGAGAGGCGGAGGGACCCCGGGAGAUUUACCAGCAGCUGUACAAACUUUGCUACCAGUGGCUCAAGCCGGGGAAGCGGACGAAGGAGCAGAUGGUGGAGGUGCUAAUCCUGGAGCAGUUCCUGGCCAUCUUGCCCCCAGACAUGCAGAAGUGGGUGCAGGAAAGGGGCCCAGGCACCUCCGCCCAGGCAGUGGCCCUCGCAGAGGAUUUCCUACGGAGGCGGCAGGAGAGCGGGAAUCAGGGGGAGGAGGUGCAGGGAUCGAUCCCAGAGGUCGCUGUGAGUUUCCUAGAUGCAGCACAAGCUACAUCGGAAACUGCUCAGAGGUGGCACAUCGGAGAGAUCAAGACAGAGGGGGGAAAGGAGGCCCGCUUGCUAGGAAAUGACGGGUGGGUGAAUGACCCUGAUGGGGAGUCACAGGGGAUGGCAUCCCAAAGAACCCGUGGUGCAGAGCUGGAGGAGAGCUUUGUGAAUCAAAAUAAAUCAGAGCAAGAUGAGUGGAGAAGAAAAUCUACUGCUGGCAAAGAAGAUGCCAUCUGUGAAAUAACACUCCAACAAAGGAUGCACAAAGGAAAGGGAAGGAGUUUGUGCACUAUGUGUGGGAAAAGCUUCAGUACAAAAUCAAGCUUUAAUAGACACCAGAGAAUUCACACAGGAGAGAAACCAUACAAAUGUCCAGACUGCAGUGAAAGCUUUCUUGCCAGAUCAAAUCUCAUCCGACACCAGAGAAUUCACACAGGGGAGAAACCCUACAAAUGCUCAGACUGUGGCAAGAGGUUCAGCCGCACUGCGAACCUCAUCACACAUCGGAGGAGCCACACAGGAGAGAAGCCAUAUAAAUGUUCAGGCUGUGGGAAGACUUUUAACCAGAGUGCACACCUCCUGAGACAUCAGAGAACUCAUGUGAGGGAAAAGCCAUACGAAUGUGCUGACUGCGGCAAGGAGUUCAUUCAGGGCACAGCACUUAGUGGUCAUCAGAGAAUCCACACAGGAGAGAAACCAUAUGAAUGCUCAGACUGUAGCAUGAAAUUCAGUGAUAAAUCAAGCCUCAACAGACAUUGUAGGCUUCAUACAAGAGAAAAACCAUACAAGUGCUCAGUGUGUUGGAAGGUGUUCUUCCAACGUUCAGUACUAAUCAGGCAUCAGAAGGCCCACAUAGGAAAAAAAAUAUGUAAAUACUCAGACUGUGGCAAAAGAUUUGUUAGUCUGUCAUACCUUAUCACACAUCAGAAAAUCCACAUAGGAGAAGGCAUUUUAUAACAUUUCAGAGUUGUGGAAGAGAUUGUGUUGGAAUU